CAAUUUUUGUUAUUUUUUUUUUCUUGAAAAGAAAGUUGACAAAAGUAUACGCCGACGAAAAGCACGAAUAAAAACAAAGUGGAUGAAUGAGUUCAUAUAGCCACCACCAUCGAAACAGCAAUAUAUUUCUUAUAACCUCCACCGGCGAGACCGCCGUCCACAGCAACGCAUCGUUAGACAUCGACACUCGCAAGAGGAGCGAUAACGAACACAGUUGCCGUCGUCGCCGCCGCUCCUGCUGGUGUAGAUUUGGUGUACUAUUCGUUGUAUAAAUUCUGAGAGUACCGGAUUGGUUUCGCUCUUUUUCUACCCAACCGUCGAGAAGUGUGGACGUGUUUCUGCUUCUGGCCGAAUUUUUCGCAUUUUGUGUUGAGAAUUGUGUGUGUGCUCAACUAACUAAAAAAAACAGCCAAGUGAUUUUACGGGUGCCAACAUAGUGUGCAUUUGGGAAUCUCCACGGCGAAUUCACGCAAAAUAUUGUGUUACAUAAAUAAAUACGGAGGACAGCAGUUUGUGAUCUACAAAUUACUUUUUCAAACGCUUUGUGCAAAAUUGACAUCCGCAUUUGGUGCUGGUACUGGUACUGGUACUGAUUCUGCUGUCGCUGCCGCCAACUUCAUUCCGCUACAAAAAUAUUUCUUCCCUUGUGAAAAAUCAAUUAGCUUCUCACUGCUUUUUACAGCUGCUACAACAACACGAACUACAUCAUUUGUUAAUCUUCAACAGCAUUUCCAAUUAUACAAUCGUUAUACGCAACUAAAAAACUACAAGAUGCCCCAAUCAUCAGCUGCUGUAACAAACGGCCACGCUAAUGGCUGCAAUGGAAGGAUAACCGAUUCCUAUGAUAUGGAAGAUGGACAGACAUUCCUCUUUACUUCUGAAUCAGUCGGCGAGGGACAUCCCGAUAAAAUGUGUGAUCAAAUCAGUGACGCUAUUUUGGAUGCACACUUGAAGCAGGAUCCCAACGCGAAAGUAGCGUGCGAAACGGUUGCCAAGACAGGUAUGAUUUUGCUAUGUGGCGAAAUUACAUCGCAGGCUGUGGUCGAUUAUCAAAAGGUCGUGCGGGACACAGUCAAACACAUUGGCUAUGAUGACUCAUCGAAAGGCUUCGACUAUAAGACGUGCAACGUUUUGUUAGCAUUGGACCAACAAUCGCCGGAAAUCGCUGCUGGAGUACAUAUAAAUCGCGCCGACGAAGAAAUCGGUGCCGGAGAUCAGGGCAUUAUGUUCGGCUAUGCCACCGAUGAGACCGAAGAAUGCAUGCCAUUGACUGUCGUUUUGGCACACAAAUUGAAUGAGAAACUGGCUGAACUACGUCGCUCUGGCGAAUUCAGUUGGGCGCGUCCCGAUUCAAAGACACAGGUCACUUGUGAGUACCUCUUCAAUCAAGGUGCCGCUGUGCCAAAGCGUGUUCACACCAUUGUCGUUUCCAUGCAGCAUUCGGAAAAGAUCAGCUUGGAGGACUUACGCAAAGAAGUUAUGAAUAAGGUCAUAAAAGAAGUCAUUCCAGCCAAAUAUUUCGACGCCAACACAAUUGUACACAUAAAUCCAUGCGGAUUGUUCGUCAUCGGCGGUCCAAUGGGUGAUGCAGGUUUGACCGGACGCAAAAUUAUCGUCGACACUUAUGGUGGUUGGGGCGCCCACGGCGGUGGCGCAUUUUCGGGCAAAGACUUUACUAAAGUGGACAGAUCGGCCGCGUACGCUGCACGCUGGGUGGCAAAAUCUCUGGUGAAAGCCGGCCUUUGUAGACGUUGCUUGGUGCAGGUCUCGUAUGCCAUCGGCUUGGCUGAACCACUUUCCAUCACCGUCUUCGAUUAUGGUACCUCACACAAGACACAAAAAGAAUUACUCGACAUUGUUAAGCGUAAUUUCGAUUUGCGGCCGGGCAUGAUUGUCAAAGACUUGAACCUCAGACAGCCAAUGUACCAGCGCACAAGUACUUAUGGACACUUUGGACGCAACGGUUUCGCGUGGGAGCAAGCAAAGCCGCUACAGAUCAAUUGACUAGACGCCGACGGAGAUCAGCUAACACAGCCACCGUGUGCUAAAAAGUGUAAAGUUGCGUAAUUAUUAGUUGUUAAUUUAAUUAUUUUCAUUUUAAUUGGCUUUUUCCUUGUUUCUUGAGUGUGCAAACCAUGCAAGAAAAUAAUUGCAAAUAAUUAUAAUAGAGGAAAACGAAAAAGCAACUUAUUAGUGAAAAGCGAAUGAAAAUCACAAAAAUAAAGUGAUUUUUUGUAAUCAUUUUCGUUCCUCUUUACUACCAAUAAAUAUAAUUUAGUUUUAGUUGUUUAAAAAUAACAGAAAUACGAAACAAAAUAUCCCAAUUCAAGUUCUGUACAAAAACGUGUCAACUAUUUUGUUGUAAUUUGUCCAUCAAAAUUUUAUAUUCAUGUUUAGAAAAUUGUUCAUUUGUAUUAGUGUGAUUCAAGCGUGAUGCGUCUGUGAGAGGUAUCAAAAAUUAUAAAUAAAAGCAUGUAUAUGUCAGCCCCCUGCAAUUUGUACUCAUACCAACAAUGAAUGUUAGAAAUUUUUGAGAGAAAACAACAAAAAAAUGGAAAUCAAAUACAAAAUUAUAAAUAUAUUUAAAUGCAAUAAUGUGACGCUAGUUAUUUUUAAACUGAAGCAAGAGAUCUAUCAAAUAUAUCUUAUUUAUUCAAAUUCAUAGUCUUAAUAAAGCUUCAACUUAUUGAUAUCAACAAAAUUGAAUUGUCUCUGUACACUAAUUGUAACUUCCCAAACAAUUCAAACAUUAAAGCAAGAACGUAAAUUUAAGAAGUAACAUAAAAUUAUGACAAGUAAUCCCUAAAAAGUGUUGAAACGCGCAACUAUGAUAAAAUAAUACUUUUUUGAAGACAGUUCCACUUGACCAUUUUUUCACUGAAAAUCUAUGUUGGGAGACGCGUAGUAUUACCACCGUUAAGCGAGCGAAUAUGCGGGUAUUAACUUUUUAUAAAAAUUUAAAAUAAAUUUGGUGCCUGAUGGCUGCACUUUCAAUAAAUACUAAAUGGGUUAAUUCUCUUGAAUUAAAUAUUAACAAAAAUGCAUUACUUGCUGAAUUUCCAAUGCUAGUUGUUGUUGUUGUUGUAGCAGCAUAAAAAUAACCCCUCGCAUGUACAGGGAAUGCUGCUGGAGUGACAGUCCUUGGUUGAGUAUAAAUCCGGCUCGUUCCGGUAACGCAGAACCAACUGUCGUGGGAACGUUAGCGGAGAGAGUUUGGGGAGACUACUCGGUUGAAGUGCCAAAGCGCAAAAGUGUUGAUUUGCGUCGACAGCCGUAACCGAAUGGGUUGGUGCGUGACUACCAUUCGGAAUUCACAGAGAGAACGUUGGUUCGAAUCUCGGUGAAAGAUCAAAAAUUAAGAAAAAGUUUUUUCUAAUAGCGCUCUCCCUUCGGCAGGCAAUGGCAAACCUCCGUGUGUAUUUCUGCCAUGAAAAAGCUCUUCAUAAAAAUAUCUGCCGUUCGGAGUCGGCUUGAAACUGUAGGUCCCCCCAUUUGUGGAACAAUAUCAAGAAGCACAUCACAAAUAGGAGGACGAGCUCGGCCAAACACCCAAAAAGGGUGUACGCGCCAAUUAUAUUAAUUUAAUUAAUUAUUAUAUAAAAAAGUGAAUAUACACUAAAACUACAACAACAGCACUAUAACUUAAAAAAUGUUUGAAAAAAAAACGUGACUUUUUUGAUAGAAAGUUUCUCUGCUUUUAAGUAUCUCCAGGAAAAUGAAAUGCUGAAAAAUUUUCUUCACAAAAAUAUUUUUUAAAAUCUCUUCAUCAAUUAAUGUGAAAAGUUUGCCAAUACUUUAUUACCCAAUACAUUAUUUGGCAUCUCAGCUAAAUUUAAAUUUUUACAAAAUAACAAUACCAAUAAAUAUAAUAACAAAUAAAACAAUUAUUUCGAUCGGUUGUAUGCAAAGUCGUCAAGUUCAGCUUAAUUUUAGAAUUGCUGUACUUUGCAAAAGCUUAUAAUCCCACAAAUUCCAUAAUAUUUUUAAUAAAUAGAAUAUCUGCUCCGAUCUUACUGAACUAUUAGCUGAAUGUGUAAUUUGAGUAGAAGAAAACAUUUCAUAUAAAGAAAUAGAAAAUUCAGUUUAUUCUUAUAUCCCCCCAAGACCUCAAUUGAACCGGAUUUACGUCCCACGAAGAUCUGGUAGUCAAUUCAGCAUCAUUUCCCAACAAUUUUUGGCGCGUAUUUUAUGUUGUUACAACAACAACAAAAAUAAAUUCAUCUAAGUCGAAAUAUUUUUGACUCUCGAGAUUUUCAGUGUCGUCUAAUUUGCCUGUGACCUGCACGUUUUCAUUAAAGCAUAAAAUAUAUCCAAGUCACGCUGGAUACAAGAAUUGUAUCUUAAGUUAGAACUGUGGAGUAAAGAAAUGCAAGGUGAUGCAUAAUAAAAAAUUCUAAAUUAUACCGCAAGCAAUCCAAUUUUUUGGAUACAAAGGGUUUUCUUAUGUGCAAAUCCUCAUCUUUUUCUUAUUUUUUAAAUUGCAAACAGCUGGAAUUUGUUUUACACAAACCAGUUAUAAGAAACCAAGUUGCCGCCAAACAAUUAAUAUGACUUCUGGGGAGAAGCUGUGGAACUACCUUCUGAACGUAAUUUUAUCAUGCGCUCAACCAUCGUAAUUAUUGCAAUACAGUGACGAAAAUCAAAUAGUAAUUUACAUAAAAAUCGAAUGAAACAAUAAAAUUGCGCGCGACUGCGUAUACAAAAAAAAUCA